AUGGUGAUGGAUGACCACCAACUCCGGCUACUCCAGAUCCCUCCGCCUAUCCACCCCGAGGAUCCGGAUUCUCCUCUCCCGGAGACCAUCCUCAUCGACUCCUUCGGCUACCUCAGCGACCGCACCAACGCCACCACCGCCCGUGGCCGCAGGAGCAGGACCAAGAAGAAGGGCAAGCGCAUCCUGGUCACCUUCUGGCCGGCUGCCCCGCCGCGCGUCUCCUGCUUCACCGUCCACUGCCCAGAUCUGAAGCCCGAUGCAUUCGCUGACAUGCCCAAGAUCUCCUAUACGGAGGAUGGCCUCGUCCUGCUCCGCAUCACCAUCUGCCCCGAGCGCCAGCACGUGUACACCAAGAACAUUCGCUACUUCGUCUACCAGGCCGGCACCAAGAAGACGCCGCCGUCGGUCAAGCUCGUCCACUGUCCCCCCUACUUCAGGAUCUACGACCAAGAGGUUGCCUUACUGCACUGCCACGACCAAGAGAUGUUCUUCAUCGCCGUGCUCCGCAGGGCCUUCAUUGAGCGGGAGUACACCGACGGGCACUUUAAUCUCCACCUGUACAACUCCAAGACAAAGGCAUGGAGCACCAAGUUGAUGCUUCUUGAUUCGCCCAAGGAUUUUGAGUUCCAGUCUCCCAACAAGGGGAUCACCAUUGGAGGGGAGCUUGGUUCAGUGGGUUGGGUCGACCUCGGGCGGGGCAUUAUCAUCUGUGACCUUCUCCUCCUUGACAGCAACCAGAGUCUUCGCUACAUCCCGCUACCUUCGCCGCUGUCGCCCGAUCCGCUCAUUGGUUAUCCGUUGUAUGUUCAGAACAUCACUGUUCUCCAAGGUUACAUCAAGUAUUUUGAGAUGCACAAUAACGUCAGACCGGGCUCAGACACUGGAAGCUCCCCGAUAUCUCAAGGUUGGAUUGCUGCAACAAAAAAAUUAAAAAUUUCAAGCAUUGGUUCCACUUCUGAUAGCAGCAACUGGGAGGAGGACUGCACUAUCAGAUGCCCAGAUGAUGUACCAUUGGAUAACCCUGUGUAUGCCCAAAUGCUACUACCUAAUCUGCAGGAGCGUGGUGAUGAUACCAAGCCAAACCUCAAGAGAACUUGUCUAGGCUAUCCUGCUCUUAGCUUGCAUGACAGUGAUGUUGUUUACCUUAUGCACAUGCCUGAUACCCUUGGGGAUAAGGCUUGUGUUAUUGCUCUUGAUAUGAGGAACAAGGCUGUAAAAGGCGUGGCUAAUUUUGGCGGCUCUGGAAGACCCCUGGGUCAUUGUUUCACCUACUUUCCCAGUGGGAUCUCCAAGCAUCUGGGCAUUUUCUCAUCAACCAGGAGAUAUUUGCCAGUGGCGAUCUACAACCGGCCAGCCGUAUCACGGUUCAUGUUUUUGUUGGUUCGGAGUGCCCUUUCCACUGGAAUUUAUUGUGAUGAAUCGAUCUGGCCAUAUCCUGACUGA